AUGCAAACAUUGGAUAUAUGAUAUUACUUAAUAAUUUGGAUGUGAGUGUAGAUUAUAUGCAACGACUUACGUCCGAGUUGUCGGCGUUACCGUCAAUUAAUAAGGAAGAUUAUGAAAAUGUUCAAAAGUGUUUUGCAUGGUUGGACAGUAAUACUACAAACAAAUUUAAGCAGAUACUGACGAGUGGAAUAGAACAACUUUUUACCCAAAUGGUCAAGCCACGAAUUCGACCAAUCUUGCAAGAAGCUUACAAAGAUAUCAAAUAUGUGCUUAAUGAAGAUGAAUACCAUGAACAAGAGGCGAAUGAUGGAUUUUCUAAACGAUUUGUAUAUGGAUUUGAUUCUUUGAUUCAAGUUUAUCAGACAACUUUUUCGGAGAAUAAUUAUAACCAGAUGAUGAUGCACAUAUUAGAAUUAGUAACAAUCAUGUGGGAAAAAACAGUGUUUGGGACUAAAUUUAAUCAGUUGGGUGCAUUGAGAUUUGACAAAGAUCUGCGAGCAGUUAACAAUUAUUUUUCUACUAAAAUGCAAUGGCCAUUCAGGGAUCGUUUUACCCGAUUGAGUCAAAUAUCCACAUUGUUAAAUUUGGAAUCUUUAUCAGAAAUUUAUGAUUUCUGGGGUAGUACUACGAAAUCUUCUAAUCCCAUCACUUGGAGGCUAACCGUUACCGAAGCAAAAAAGGUUGCUGGGUUAAG